GCCCUAUCCGAGCACUCUGCUCAGCCCAGAAGAGCAGCCACAUAGGGAGAAAAAAAAAGUUAAAAUCUACUCAGCAGAGAGAGGAGGGAGCGAGCGAGAGCGGAGCAGGGUGGGGGGGAAAGAAAACGCCCUGGAAACUUUGCUUGAUCGAAAAGUUGGAGAAGUCAUAGAAUCUCAUCAAAGUUGAGAAGCGCUCUUUUGGGCUGGGGAGAAGGGGAAGACGACGACGUUUUCAAGGAUGCUCAAGCUUGUGUAAGGCUUCUCGGGCGCAACGUGUGCGCACAGAAGUCAAGAAAACAAGAACCAACGUAUCGGACUGAAGCCCGUGGCCUCGCUUGAGCUAUCCAAGGAAAACCAGUGGGUGACGUUCUUUCCCACCAGGGCUUGAAAGCACAAGAAACAAAACAAGAUGGCUGAUGAAGAGGAAACGAGGGAAGUGCUGUUUCCAGACUGGGAGGGUCCAGAUAAAACUGGCCUGACUAUUGAACAGACACGUGAAGGAGAGAUUUUUGUGAAAGAAGUGAAAGGAGAGUCACCAGCAGCACGAUCUGGGAAAGUAUACGAAGGUGACCAGAUUGUUGGUGCGACAAUCUAUUUUGACAACAUGAGCUCAGAAGAAACAGCUGAGCUGCUGAAGACACUGAACCGCCACAAGGUUGGAUUAAAACUACAAAAUAAAGACAAAUCGCCAAUCUGCUCUCCCUUGAGUACACCAUGUCGUUCUCCACUGGGUACUUUGACAUGGGAGGGGAAGUUAGGAAGUACCAGUCCAGACAUCCUUCUCAGUGGGGAUGAUGAGGACUAUAAAAGGAUUUACACAAGGAAGAUCAAACCAAGGCUCAAGUCUGAAGACCUUGCCGAAGGAGUGGAUGUACGCACAGAGCGGCAUAGCAGCACAAGUAGCGACGGCAGUACAAUUACAACUGUUACCCGCCGUAUCACCACCUACACUGUGGAUAUGCCAAGUGGCAUAAGUGAGCAACUUGAACUUUCAAGUCCAGAUUUCAAAGGGCAAAAGCAAGAGUCAGGGGAUGGCUCUUUCGGAAUGAGAAUCUCACAUGGUAGCCCUUCAGAUGCACAGGCAGCUGAAGGAGGAGUUUUUGACUUGGGAAAUGUUUCUUCCAAGCUAAGGGACAAUUCAAACACUGGAAAUAGGCACAUUUCAAUGGGAGGCACAGGAGGUAGAGAGGUAUUUACAACAGAUAAUGACAAUGGAGGGUCAAUUUGUGUGUCUGUACCAGAAAAAGGAAAGCAGGUUUUCGUGACAUCCAUCGAAAAAACACAAAAGGGUGAGGGAACAAAGGUGAAGUUACCUGAAAUUACUGUUAGUCACCCGCAUAAAAAGGAAUCCGACUCAAUUAAUAUUUCAAACAUCUCAUUGAGCGGAGGUUUUCCAGAUGCUGAAAGUCCAUCUGCAUAUACUAACGUCAACAUUCAAACAAAAAAGUAUCACAUUCGUGGCCCAGAGGUAACUCUUGAACAGAAAGAAGGGGAUUUCAAAAUGCCUCAAAUAAAUGUAACAUCAUCUGGAACGGAAGGUUCAAAUUUUGAUGGAAAAACUCAUGAAAUUAAGAUAAGUCAGACAGGCCCACCAACAAAAGCAAAAGUGGACAUAUCAACUCCAAAGAUGGAUGGGAAUGUAAAAAUACCAGGUGUGGUCAUUCAGGGUGCAGAGGUAAAAACUGAAGGGCUAAAAGGAGAAGGCGCAAAGUUGAGUAAAUAUAUUCCCAAAUCUGACAUUUCAGGCCCAAGCAUUACCAUGCCAAAUGUGGAAUUGAAUCUGAAAGGCCCCCAAGUCAAAGGUGACGUAGAUCUGUCAUCACAGAAUACUGAAAAAGAUGUAGAAGCAGCAGAGAUAGAACUCCAAAGACCAAAAACCGACAUAAAGGACACAAUGGGUAGGAUUGGCUUUGGGGAAACAAAAACGGCAACGUUGCAGGAGGGGCAGGACCCAGACAUUAACAUAAAACUGAGCAAGACUGGUAUUGAUGUCAACACUCCUGAGGUUGACAUUCAAGGACCAAUUGUUAUCAAAGACCCAAAAGUCGACAUUAACGUUUUUCCAGGAAGCAUAGGUCCAAAACUGGAGGCUCCUGACGUUGGCAUCAACCUUCCAAAAUCUAAUGUUGACAUAAAUGUCUCUGAGGUUAACAUUAAAGGUCCGUCAGUUGAUGUCAGUCCUCCAAAAGGUAGUUUGAACAUUCAGGGCCCUGCACCAACUAUUGAGGGAGGUCGCAUUGGCAGUACCAGUGUUAAGAUCAAGGGACCAGAAUUGCCUGAGGUGGAUUUAAAUCUGAAAGGCCCUAAUCUCAAAGGUGACAUAGAUAUGUCCGCACGACAUAUCCAGGGAGGGAGUACAGUGCCUGAAGUAGAUAUCAAAGGUAAAAAAAUUGACAACAAAGGCCCCAAAAUUGGAUUUAAAAUGCCAAAGGUUAGUAUGCCAGAAUUUGGGUUUGAAGGUCCAAAAUUGAAGGGACCUGACAUUGACAUCAACAUUAACAAGGCCAAUAUUGAUGUCAAAAGCCCUGAAGUUGAUAUGAAUCUCCCCAAAACUGACGUGGACAUCAAGGGUCCAGAUUUAGACGUUGAAUUACCAGAUGUUGACAUUGGCAGUCCAGGAUGGAAUAAAACGGGACCAAAAGUAAAAAUGCCCAAAACUUCUGGUCCAAAUAUUAACGUUCCAGAUUUGGGUAUUAAUCUAAAACUCAAAGGUGAUGUUGAUGUGUCAGUUGCAAAAAUCAAGGGAGAUAUUAAAGGGCCAGAAGUGGACAUUAAAGGCCCAAAAGUUGACAUCAAAGGCACCAAGACUGGAUUUGAAAUGCCCAAAAUAAGUAUGCCAGAAUUUGGCUUUAAAGGUGCAAAACCAGAGGGUCCUGAUAUUGACAUCAACCUCCCCAAGGCCAAUAUUGAUGUCAAAGUCCCUGAUGUUGAUGUCAGUCUCCCCAAAACUGAUGUGGACAUCAAGGGUCCAGAUCUCGACAUUGAACUACCAGAUGUUGACAUUGGCAGUCCAGGAUGGAAGAUCAAGGCACCAAAAAUGAAGAUGCCAAACAUCUCAGGCCCAAAUAUCAACAUGCCUGAUUUGGAUUUCAGUCUUGAAGGUCCUAAAGUCAAAGGUGAUGUUGAUGUUUCAGUACCAAAUAUCGUGGGAGAUAUUAAAGUGCCGGAAAUGGACAUCAAAGGCCCAAAAGUUGACAUGAAGGACCCCAAAGCUGGAAUUGAAAUGCCCAAAAUCAAAAUGCCAGGAUUCGGCUUUAAAGGUCCAAAAUUAGAGGGCCCUGACAUUGACAUCAACCUUCCCAAGGCCAAUAUUGAUGUAAAUGUCCCUGAUGUUGAUGUCAGUCUCCCCAAAACUGAUGUGGACAUCAAGGGUCCAGAUUUCGAUGUUGAAAUACCAGAUGUUGACAUUGGAAGUCCAGGAUGGAAGAUCAAGGCACCAAAAAUGAAGAUGCCAAACAUCUCAGGCCCAAAUAUCAACAUGCCACAUUUGGAUUUCAGAGUAAAAGGUCCUAAACUCAAAGGUGAUGUCGAUGUUUCAGUGCCAAAUAUCGAAGGAGAUAUUAAAGUGCCGGAAAUGGACAUCAAAGGCCCAAAGGUUGACAUUGAAGGCCCCAACACUGGAAUUGACAUGCCCAAAAUCAAAAUGCCAGAAUUUGGCUUGAAAAGUCCAAAACUGGAGGGCCCUGAUAUUGACAUCAACCUUCCCAAGACCAAUAUUGAUGUAAAUGUCCCUGAUGUUGAUGUCAGUCUCCCCAAAACUGAUGUGGACAUCAAGGGUCCAGAUCUCGACAUUGAAAUACCAGAUGUUGACAUUGGCAGUCCAGGAUGGAAGAUCAAGGCACCAAAAAUGAAGUUGCCAAACAUCUCAGGCCCAAAUAUCAACAUGCCACAUUUGGAUUUCAGAGUAAAAGCUCCUAAACUCAAAGGUGAUGUUGAUGUGUCAGUACCAAAUAUCGAAGGAGAUAUUAAAGUGUCGGAAAUGGACAUCAAAGGCCCAAAGAUUGACAUUAAGGGCCCCAACACUGGAAUUGACAUGCCAAAAAUCAAAAUGCCUGAAUUUGGCUUGAAAGGUCCAAAAUUGGAGGGCCCUGAUCUUGACAUCGACCUUCCCAAGGCCAAUAUUGAUGUCAAAGUCCCUGAUGUUGACGUUGGUCUCCCCAAAGCUGAUGUGGACAUCAAGGGUCCAGAUUUAGAUGUUGAACUCCCUGAUGUUGAUAUUGGCAGUCCAGGAUGGAAGAUGAAGGGACCAAAAGUGAAGAUGCCAAAAAUUUCAGGCCCAAAUAUCAACAUGCCAAAUUUUGAUUUAAAUCGAAAGGGUCCUAAGGUUAAAGGUGAUGUUGAUGUCUCAGUACCAAAUAUUGAGGGCAAUAUUGAAGGACCAGAAGUGGACAUCAAAGGCCCAAAAGUUGACAUUAAAGGUCCAAAGACUGGAUUUGAAAUGCCAAAAAUCAGUAUGCCAAAAUUUGGCUUUAAAAGUCCAAAACUGGAGGGUCCUGAUGUUGACAUCAACCUUCCACAGGCCGAUAUUGAUAUUAAAAUUCCUGAGGUUGACCUUCAAGGACCAGAACUUGACAUAGACGGUCCAGGUGGAUCAAUCAAAGGACCAAAAUUCAAAUUGCCAAGCAUCUCCAUGCCUGAUGUGGAUUUCCAUCUGAAAGGUCCGCAACUCAAAGGUGAUGUUGAUAUUUCAGUACCGAAUGUUGAAGGAGAUAUCAAAGCUCCAGAAGUGGACAUAAAAGGCCCAAAAGUUGAUAUAAAAGGUUCAAACACUGGAUUUGAAAUGCCAAAAAUCAAAAUGCCAGGAUUUGGCUUUCAAGGUCCAACACUGGAGGGCCCUGACAUUGACAUUAACCUUCCGAAGUCCAAUAUUGGUAUCAAAAUCCCUGAGGUUGAUGUGAGUCUCCCAAAAACUGAUGUGGAUAUCAAGGGUCCAGAUUUAGAUGUUGACCUCCCAGAUGUUGAUAUUGGCAGUCCAGGAUGGAAGAUAAAGGCACCAAAAAUUAAGAUGCCAAACAUCUCAGGUCCAAAUAUAAACAUGCCACAUUUGGAUUUCAGUCUCAAAGGUCCCAUGGUCAAAGGCGAUGUUGAUGUCUCACUACCAAAUAUUGAGGGCAAUAUCCAAGUGCCAGAAGUGGAUAUCAAAGGCCCAAAGGUUGACAUUAAAGGCCCUAAGACUGGAUUUGAAAUGCCAAAAAUCAGUAUGCCAAAAUUUGGCUUCAAAAGUCCAAAACUGGAGGCCCCGGAAGUUGAUGUAAAUCUCCCCAAAACUGAUUUGGAUGUCAAAGAUGUUAACAUUGACAUCAAAGGACCAGAACUUGACAUAGACAGUCCGAGUGGAAAGAUCAAAGGACCAAAAUUCAAAUUGCCAAGCAUCUCCAUGCCUGAUGUGGAUUUCCAUCUGAAGAGUCCUAAACUCAAAGGUAAUGUUGAUGUGUCAGUACCAAAUAUCGAAGGAGAUAUUAAAGUGCCGGAAAUGGACAUCAAAGGCCCAAAAGUUGACAUUAAGGGCCCCAACACUGGAAUUGACAUGCCCAAAAUCAAAAUGCCAGGAUUCGGCUUUAAAGGUCCAAAACUGGAGGGCCCUGAUAUUGACAUCAACCUUCCCAAGGCAGAUAUUGAUGUAAAUGUCCCUAAUGUUGAUGUCAGUCUCCCCAAAGCUGACGUGGACAUCAAGGGUCCAAAUCUUGACGUUGAAGUACCAGAUGUUGACAUUGGCAGUGCAGGAUGGAAGAUCAAGGCACCAAAAAUGAAGAUGCCAAACAUCUCAGGCCCAAAUAUCAACAUGCCACAUUUGGAUUUCAGUCUGAAAGGUCCUAAACUCAAAGGGGAUGUUGAUGUUUCAGUGCCAAAUAUUGAAGGAGAUAUUAAAGUACCGGAAAUGGACAUCAAAGGCCCAAAAGUUGACAUUAAGGGCCCCAGAGGUGGAUUUGAAAUGCCCAAAAUCAAAAUGCCUGGAUUCGGCUUUAAAGGUCCAAAACUCGAGGACCCUGAUAUUGACAUAAACCUUCCCAAGGCCAAUAUUGAUGUCAAUGUCCCUGACGUUGAUGUUAGUCUCCCCAAAGCUGAUGUGGACAUCAAGGGUCCAAAUCUUGACGUUGAAGGACCAGAUGUUGACAUUGGCAGUGCAGGAUGGAAGAUCAAGGCACCAAAAAUGAAGAUGCCAAACAUCUCAGGCCCAAAUAUCAACAUGCCACAUUUGGAUUUCAGUCUAAAAGGUCCUAAACUCAAAGGUGAUGUUGAUGUUUCAGUGCCAAAAAUCGAAGGAGAUAUUAAAGUACCGGAAAUGGACAUCAAAGGCCCAAAAGUUGACAUUCAGGGCCCCAGAGGUGGAUUUGAAAUGCCCAAAAUCAAAAUGCCAGGAUUCGGCUUUAAAGGUCCAAAACUGGAGGGCCCUGAUAUUGACAUCAACCUUCCCAAGGCAGAUAUUGAUGUAAAUGUCCCUAAUGUUGAUGUCAGUCUCCCCAAAGCUGAUGUGGACAUAAAGGGUCCAGAUCUCGAUGUUGAAUUCCCAGAUGUUGACAUUGGCAGUCCAGGAUGGAAGAUCAAGGCACCAAAAAUGAAGAUGCCAAACAUCUCAGGCCCAAAUAUCAACAUGCCACAUUUGGAUUUCAGUCUAAAAGGUCCUAAACUCAAAGGUGAUGUUGAUGUUUCAGUGCCAAAUAUUGAAGGAGAUAUAAAAAUACCGGAAAUGGACAUCAAAGGCCCAAAAGUUGACAUUCAGGGCCCCAGAGGUGGAUUUGAAAUGCCCAAAAUCAAAAUGCCAGGAUUCGGCUUUAAAGGUCCAAAACUGGAGGGCCCUGAUAUUGACAUCAACCUUCCCAAGGCAGAUAUUGAUGUAAAUGUCCCUAAUGUUGAUGUCAGUCUCCCCAAAGCUGACGUGGACAUCAAGGGUCCAAAUCUUGACGUUGAAGUACCAGAUGUUGACAUUGGCAGUGCAGGAUGGAAGAUCAAGGCACCAAAAAUGAAGAUGCCAAACAUCUCAGGCCCAAAUAUCAACAUGCCACAUUUGGAUUUCAGUCUAAAAGGUCCUAAACUCAAAGGUGAUGUUGAUGUUUCAGUGCCAAAAAUCGAAGGAGAUAUUAAAGUGCCGGACAUGGACAUCAAAGGCCCAAAAGUUGACAUUAAGGGCCCCAGAGGUGGAUUUGAAAUGCCCAAAAUCAAAAUGCCAGAAUUCGGCUUGAAAGGUCCAAAACUGGAGGGCCCUGAUAUUGACAUCAACCUUCCCAAGGCAGAUAUUGAUGUAAAUGUCCCUGAUGUUGAUGUCAGUCUCCCCAAAGCUGAUGUGGACAUCAAGGGUCCAGAUCUUGACGUUGAAGUACCAGAUGUUGACAUUGGCAGUGCAGGAUGGAAGAUCAAGGCACCAAAAAUGAAGAUGCCAAACAUCUCAGGCCCAAAUAUCAACAUGCCACAUUUGGAUUUCAGUCUAAAAGGUCCUAAACUCAAAGGUGAUGUUGAUGUUUCAGUGCCAAAUAUUGAAGGAGAUAUUAAAGUACCGGAAAUGGACAUCAAAGGCCCAAAAGUUGACAUUCAGGGCCCCACAGGUGGAUUUGAAAUGCCCAAAAUCAAAAUGCCAGGAUUCGGCUUUAAAGGUCCAAAACUGGAGGGCGCUGAUAUUGACAUCAACCUUCCCAAGGCAGAUAUUGAUGUAAAUGUCCCUAAUGUUGAUGUCAGUCUCCCCAAAGCUGACGUGGACAUCAAGGGUCCAAAUCUUGACGUUGAAGUACCAGAUGUUGACAUUGGCAGUGCAGGAUGGAAGAUCAAGGCACCAAAAAUGAAGAUGCCAAACAUCUCAGGCCCAAAUAUCAACAUGCCACAUUUGGAUUUCAGUCUAAAAGGUCCUAAACUCAAAGGUGAUGUUGAUGUUUCAGUGCCAAAAAUCGAAGGAGAUAUUAAAGUGCCGGACAUGGACAUCAAAGGCCCAAAAGUUGACAUUAAGGGCCCCAGAGGUGGAUUUGAAAUGCCCAAAAUCAAAAUGCCAGAAUUCGGCUUGAAAGGUCCAAAACUGGAGGGCCCUGAUAUUGACAUCAACCUUCCCAAGGCAGAUAUUGAUGUAAAUGUCCCUGAUGUUGAUGUCAGUCUCCCCAAAGCUGAUGUGGACAUCAAGGGUCCAGAUCUCGAUGUUGAAUUCCCAGAUGUUGACAUUGGCAGUCCAGGAUGGAAGAUCAAGACACCAAAAAUGAAGAUGCCAAACAUCUCAGGCCCAAAUAUCAACGUGCCACAUUUGGAUUUCAGUCUAAAAGGUCCUAAACUCAAAGGUGAUGUUGAUGUUUCAGUGCCAAAUAUUGAAGGAGAUAUUAAAAUACCGGAAAUGGACAUCAAAGGCCCAAAAGUUGACAUUCAGGGCCCCAGAGGUGGAUUUGAAAUGCCCAAAAUCAAAAUGCCUGGAUUCGGCUUUAAAGGUCCAAAACUCGAGGACCCUGAUAUUGACAUCAACCUUCCCAAGGCAGAUAUUGAUGUAAAUGUCCCUGAUGUUGAUGUCAGUCUCCCCAAAGCUGAUGUGGACAUCAAGGGUCCAGAUCUCGAUGUUGAAUUCCCAGAUGUUGACAUUGGCAGUCCAGGAUGGAAGAUCAAGGCACCAAAAAUGAAGAUGCCAAACAUCUCAGGCCCAAAUAUCAACAUGCCACAUUUGGAUUUCAGUCUAAAAGGUCCUAAACUCAAAGGGGAUGUUGAUGUUUCAGUGCCAAAUAUUGAAGGAGAUAUUAAAGUACCGGAAAUGGACAUCAAAGGCCCAAAAGUUGACAUUAAGGGCCCCAGAGGUGGAUUUGAAAUGCCCAAAAUCAAAAUGCCUGGAUUCGGCUUUAAAGGUCCAAAACUGGAGGGCCCUGAUAUUGACAUCAACCUUCCCAAGGCAGAUAUUGAUGUAAAUGUCCCUAAUGUUGAUGUCAGUCUCCCCAAACCUGACGUGGACAUCAAGGGUCCAAAUCUUGACGUUGAAGUACCAGAUGUUGACAUUGGCAGUGCAGGAUGGAAGAUCAAGGCACCAAAAAUGAAGAUGCCAAACAUCUCAGGCCCAAAUAUCAACAUGCCACAUUUGGAUUUCAGUCUAAAAGGUCCUAAACUCAAAGGGGAUGUUGAUGUUUCAGUGCCAAAUAUUGAAGGAGAUAUUAAAGUACCGGAAAUGGACAUCAAAGGCCCAAAAGUUGACAUUAAGGGCCCCAGAGGUGGAUUUGAAAUGCCCAAAAUCAAAAUGCCUGGAUUCGGCUUUAAAGGUCCAAAACUCGAGGACCCUGAUAUUGACAUAAACCUUCCCAAGGCCAAUAUUGAUGUCAAUGUCCCUGACGUUGAUGUUAGUCUCCCCAAAGCUGAUGUGGACAUCAAGGGUCCAAAUCUUGACAUUGAAGUACCAGAUGUUGACAUUGGCAGUGCAGGAUGGAAGAUCAAGGCACCAAAAAUGAAGAUGCCAAACAUCUCAGGCCCAAAUAUCAACAUGCCACAUUUGGAUUUCAGUCUAAAAGGUCCUAAACUCAAAGGUGAUGUUGAUGUUUCAGUGCCAAAAAUCGAAGGAGAUAUUAAAGUGCCGGACAUGGACAUCAAAGGCCCAAAAGUUGACAUUAAGGGCCCCAGAGGUGGAUUUGAAAUGCCCAAAAUCAAAAUGCCAGAAUUCGGCUUGAAAGGUCCAAAACUGGAGGGCCCUGAUAUUGACAUCAACCUUCCCAAGGCAGAUAUUGAUGUAAAUGUCCCUGAUGUUGAUGUCAGUCUCCCCAAAGCUGAUGUGGACAUCAAGGGUCCAGAUCUCGAUGUUGAAUUCCCAGAUGUUGACAUUGGCAGUCCAGGAUGGAAGAUCAAGACACCAAAAAUGAAGAUGCCAAACAUCUCAGGCCCAAAUAUCAACGUGCCACAUUUGGAUUUCAGUCUAAAAGGUCCUAAACUCAAAGGUGAUGUUGAUGUUUCAGUGCCAAAUAUUGAAGGAGAUAUUAAAGUACCGGAAAUGGACAUCAAAGGCCCAAAAGUUGACAUUAAGGGCCCCAGAGGUGGAUUUGAAAUGCCCAAAAUCAAAAUGCCAGGAUUCGGCUUUAAAGGUCCGAAACUCGAGGACCCUGAUAUUGACAUAAACUUUCCCAAGGCCAAUAUUGAUGUCAAUGUCCCUGACGUUGAUGUUAGUCUCCCCAAAGCUGAUGUGGACAUCAAGGGUCCAAAUCUUGACGUUGAAGGACCAGAUGUUGACAUUGGCAGUGCAGGAUGGAAGAUCAAGGCACCAAAAAUAAAGAUGCCAAACAUCUCAGGCCCAAAUAUCAACAUGCCACAUUUGGAUUUCAGUCUAAAAGGUCCUAAACUCAAAGGUGACGUUGAUUUGUCCGUACCAAAUAUCGAGGGAGAUAUUCAAGUGCCGGAAAUGGACAUCAAAGGCCCAAAGGUAGACAUUAAAGGCCCCAAACCUGGAUUUGAAAUGCCCAAAAUCAAAAUGCCAGAAUUUGGCUUUAAAGGUCCAAAACUAGAGGGCCCUGACAUUGACAUCAACUUUCCCAAGGCCGAUAUUGAUGUCAAAGUCCCUGAGGUUGAACUUCAAGGACCAGAACUUGACAUAGACAGUCCGAGUGGAAAGAUCAAAGUACCAAAAUUCAAAUUGCCAAGCAUCUCCAUGCCUGAUGUGGAUUUCCAUCUGAAGAGUCCUAAACUCAAAGGUGAUGUUGAUGUGUCCGUACCAAAUAUCAAAGGAGAUAUUAAAGUACCGGAAAUGGACAUUAAAGACCCAAAAGUUGACAUUAAGGGCCCCAAACCUGGAUUUGAAAUGCCCAAAAUCAAAAUGCCAGAAUUCGGCUUUAAAGGUCCAAAACUAGAGGGCCCUGACAUUGACAUCAACAUUCCCAAGGCCGAUAUUGAUGUCAAAGUCCCUGAGGUUGAACUUCAAGGCCCGGAAUUCGAUGUAAAUCUUCCCAAAACUGAUUUGGAUGUCAAAGGUGUGAACAUUGACGUCAAAGGACCAGAACUUGACAUAGACAGUCCGAGUGGAAAGAUCAAAGGACCAAGAUUCAAAUUACCAAGCAUCUCCAUGCCUGAUGUGGAUUUCCAUCUGAAGAGUCCUAAACUCAAAGGUGAUGUUGAUGUGUCCGUACCAAAUAUCGAAGGAGAUAUUAAAGUGCCUGGACUGGACAUCAAAGGCCCAAAAGUUGACAUGAAGGGCCUCAAAACUGGAAUUGACAUGCCCAAAAUCAAAAUGCCAGGAUUCGGCUUUAAAGGUCCAAAACUGGAGGGUCCUGAUAUUGACAUCAACCUUCCCAAGGCCAAUAUUGAUGUCCAAGUCCCUGAUGUUGAUGUCAGUCUCCCCAAAACUGAUGUGGACAUCAAGGGUCCAGAUCUCGACAUUGAAGUACCAGAUGUUGACAUUGGCAGUCCAGGAUGGAAGAUCAAGGCACCAAAAAUGAAGAUGCCAAACAUCUCAGGUCCAAAUAUAAACAUGCCACAUUUGGAUUUCAGUCUAAAAGCUCCUAAACUCAAAGGUGAUGUUGAUUUGCCCGUACCAAAUAUCGAGGGAGAUAUUAAAGUGCCGGAAAUGGACAUCAAAGGCCCAAAGGUUGACAUUAAGGGCCCCAAACCUGGAUUUGAAAUGCCCAAAAUCAAAAUGCCAGAAUUCGGCUUUAAAGGUCCAAAACUAGAGGGCCCUGACAUUGACAUCAACCUUCCCAAGGCCAAUAUUGAUGUCCACGUCCCUGAUGUUGAUGUCAGUCUCCCCAAAACUGGUGUGGACAUCAAGGGUCCAGAUUUCGAAAUCAAGGCACCAAAAAUGAAGAUGCCAAAUAUCUCAGGCCCAAACAUCAACGUGCCGAAUUUGGAUUUUCAUCUCAAAGGUCCGAAAGUUAAAGGUGAUGUUGAUGUGUCAGUACCAAAUAUCGAGGGAGAUAUUAAAGUGCCAGAAAUGGACAUCAGAGGAACUAAAGUUGACAUUAAGGGCCCCAAAACUGGAAUUGAAAUGCCCAAAAUCAGAAUGCCAGGAUUCGGCUUUAAAGGUCCUAACCUAGAGGGCCCUGAUAUUGACAUCAACCUUCCUAAGGCCAAUAUUGAUGUCAAAGUCCCUGAAGUUGAACUACAAGGGCCAGAGUUUGAUGUUAAUCUUCCAAAAGGCGAUUUGGAUAUUAAAGGCCCAAAAAUGGACAUUGAAGGACCAGAUCUUGACAUUGACAGCCCCAGUGGGAAAAUCAAGGGACCAAAAUUCAAGAUGCCAAAGAUCUCAGGGCCAAGUAUCUCUAUACCUGAUGUGGACUUCCACCUUAAAGGCCCUAAACUUAAAGGUAACGAUGCAUCACUCCCCAAUAUCGAGGGAGAAAUAAAGUCUCCAGAUAUUGAUAUUAAAGGUCCCAAGGUUGACAUUAAGGGUUCGAAGAGUGGUUUUGGAUUCCCCAAGUUUAAAAUGCCGGACUUUGGCUUCAAAGGUAAAAAAUUCGAAGGUCCUGACAUUGACAUAAACCCCCCCAAGGCUAAUAUUGACAUCAAGGCCACGGGGGUAGACACACAAGGGCCUGAAGUGAAUGUUGAUAUUGACAGUCCCAGCGGUAAAAUCAAAGGACCAAAAUUCCAGAUGCCCAAAAUUUCAGGACCAAGCAUUUCCAUGCCUGAUGUAGAUUUCCAUGUGAAAGGCCCGAAAUUGAAAGGUGAUGUUGAUGUUUCUGCACCAAAUAUCGAGGGAGAUAUUAAAGUGCCGGAAAUGGACAUCAAAGGCCCAAAGGUUGACAUUAAGGGCCCCAGAGGUGGAUUUGAAAUGCCCAAAAUCAAAAUGCCAGAAUUCGGCUUGAAGGGGCCAAAACUGGAGGGCCCUGAUAUUGACAUCAAACUUCCCAAGGCAGAUAUUGAUGUAAAUGUCCCUGAUGUUGAUGUCAGUCUCCCCAAAGCUGAUGUUGAUGUCAGUCUCCCCAAAGCUGAUGUGGACAUCAAGGGUCCAGAUCUCGAUGUUGAAUUCCCAGAUGUUGACAUUGGCAGUCCAGGAUGGAAGAUCAAGGCACCAAAAAUUAAGAUGCCAAACAUCUCAGGCCCAAAUAUCAACAUGCCACAUUUGGAUCUCAAUCUAAGAGGUCCAAAACUUAAAGGUGAUUUUGAGGUGUCAGUACCAAAUAUCGAAGGAGAUAUUAAAGUGCCGGAAAUUGACAUCAAAGGCCCAAAAGUUGACUUUAAGGGCCCCAAAACUGGAUUUGAAAUGCCCCACAUCAAAAUGCCAGAAUUAGGCUUUAAAGGUCCAAAACUGGAGGGCUCUGACAUUGACAUCAACCUUCCCAAGGCCAAUAUUGAUGUUCAAGCCCCUGAUGUUGAUGUCAGUCUCCCCAAAACUGAUUUGGACAUCAAGGGACCAGAUCUCGAUAUCAAGGCACCAAAAAUGAAGAUGCCAAAUAUCUCAGGCCCAAACGUCAACAUGCCUAAUUUGGAUUUUCAUCUCAAAGGUCCGAAAGUUAAAGGUGAUGUUGAUGUGUCCGUACCCAAUCUCGAGGGAGAUAUUAAAGUGCCCGAAAUGGACAUCAAAGGCCCAAAAGUUGACAUUAAGGGCCUCAAAACUGGAAUUGACAUGCCCAAAAUCAAAAUGCCAGGAUUCGGCUUUAAAGGUCCAAAACUGGAGGGCCCUGAUAUUGACAUCAACCUUCCCAAGGCAGAUAUUGAUGUAAAUGUCCCUGAUGUUGAUGUCAGUCUCCCCAUAGCUGACGUGGACAUCAAGGGUCCAAAUCUUGACGUUGAAGUACCAGAUGUUGACAUUGGCAGUCCAGGAUGGAAGAUCAAGGCACCAAAAAUGAAGAUGCCAAACAUCUCAGGCCCAAAUAUCAACAUGCCACAUUUGGAUUUCAGUCUCAAAGGUCCUAAACUCAAAGGUGAUUAUGAUGUGUCAGUACCAAAUAUCGAGGGGGAUAUUAAAGUGCCGGACAUGGACAUUAAAGACUCAAACGUUGCUGUUAAAGGGCCUGGAUUUGAAUUGCCUAAAAUGAAAAUGCCACAAUUUGGGUUCAAAGGACCAAAACUUGAAGGUGACAUUCAGGUUCCUGGGAUUGAUUUUCAAGCUCCAGAUGUUGAUGUCAGUGUUCCCAAUGUUGACUUGGACAUUAAGGGCGCAAAAUUUGAAAUCGAAGGCCCAGAUGUUGAAAUUGAUAGCCCUACCGCAAAGCUCAAGGGACCGAAAUUCAAGAUGCCAAAACUCUCGGGACCAAACAUUACCAUGCCAAGUCUGGAUUUACAUCUCAAAGGCCCUAACCUUAAAAGUGAUGUUGAUGUAUCAGUACCAAACCUUGAGGGGGUCGUCGAGGGUCCUGACGUUGACAUAAGCCUCCCCAGUUUUCAGGGUGAUGGUGAAGGAAACAUUAAUUUGCCAAAAGCUGAGCUCGAUGUCGAAGAUCUUGAUGUUCCAGGAUUCAGCACUAAGAAAUCUAAAUUCAAGAUACCAAAGUUCGGUUUCAGAGGGCCAAAGAUAAAGAGCCCGGAAAUUGAUGUGAAACAGACACAUGAAAAUAUCAACAUCAGAGGAAAGACUGGUAGUUUUGAAGGAGUGGAUGUAGACAUGGAUGUAACGGGCCCAAAAAUAAAAGGACCCAAAUUUAAGAUACCAAAAUUUGGUUUUAAGGUGCCUAAGGUUGAAAUUCCAGGAGCGGAUCUUAAUCUGACUCAGGGCAGUGGAGAGAUACAUUUCCCAGAUGUUGACAUUGGAGGACCAGAAGUAAAAAGUAGGGAUCCUAAUAUUAAAAUCAAAGGAACAAAGCUCAAAAUGCCAUCGCUCGCGGGAACAAAUUUUUCUCUUCCUGAUGUUGAUUUUAAUCUGGAAAGUUCAAAAGUCAAACUUGACACAGACAUGUCACUUCCAAAGACUGACAUAGAUAUAAAAGUACCAAGUGGUGAUGUAAAAGGUCCGAAAUUUCAGGCGCCAAAUAAUGACAUCAACCUACCCAGGGCUGAUAUUGACAUCAACGUUCCUGAGGUUGAUGUUCCAGGGCCGGAUGUUAAUUUGAGUCUACCCAAAGCUAAUAUGGCAAUGAGGGGAUCCAAAAUAGAUGGUGAAGGACUAGAUGUUGAUAUGGACAGUGGUGGAGGGAAGAUCAAGGGAUCAAAAUUCAAGAUGCCAAAAAUGUCCGGACCAAACAUCACCAUGCCAAAUCUCGAUUUGAAUGUGAAAGGCCCUAAAUUCAAAGGUGAUGUAGACGUGGGACUACCACAUGUUGAGCGUGAUAUUAAAGCACCAGAAAUUGAAAUUAAAGGUGUUAAAGCUGAUAUUAAGGGGGCCAACAGUAAAUUUGGAUUACCAAAAAUGGAAAUGCCAGACUUUGGCUUUCAACGUCCAAAACUUGAGUGUCCUGAUGUUGACAUAAGCAUGCACAAGGCUAAUAUUGAUGUGCCCGAGGUUGACAUUGACAUUAAAGGCCCAAAAGUUGAUUUCAGUCAACCCAGAGCCGAAUUGGCUGUUAAAGGCCCUGAAUUGAAUUUUGAAGGGCCUGAUGUUGACAUUGACAGUCCCAGUGGUAAGAUCAAGGGGCCAAAAUUCAAGAUGCCAAAUCUCGCAGGACCCAACAUUUCAUUGCCUAAUGUGGAUUUCCACAUGACCAGUCCUAAACUCAAAGGUGACAUUGAUAUGUCUGUACCAAAUGUUGAAGGAGAUAUUAAAGCUCCAGAAUUGGAUAUAAAAGGCCCCAAGGUUGACAUGAAGGGCCCCAAGACUGGAAUUGAAAUGCCUAAAAUCAAAAUGCCAGGGUUUGGCAUUAAAGGUCCAAACCUGGAGGCCCCUGACAUUGACAUCAAAAUUCCCAAGGCUGAUAUUGAUGUCAAAUUCCCUGAGGUUGAACUCCAAGGCCCGGAAUUCAAUGUAAAUCUUCCCAAAGCUGAUUUGAACAUUAAAGGCCCAAAUGUUGACAUUCAGAGUUCUACGGGUGGAUUUGAAAUCCCUAAAUUAAAAAUGCCGAAAUUUGGCUUCAAAAGUCCUAAAAUGGAGGGCUCUGACAUUGAGAUCAACAUUCCCAAGGCCAAUAUUAAUCUAAAAAACACUGAAGUUGAACUUCAAAGCCCAAAUAUUGAUGUCAGUCUCCCCAAAGCUGAUCUUGACAUUAAGGGGCAAAAACUCGAAUUUGAAGGUCCAGCUCUGGACAGUGACAAUCCUAAUGCUAAAAUCAAGGGACCAAAAUUCAAGUUGCCAAAAAUUUCAGGUCCGAAUCUCAACAUGCCAAGUGCGGAUUUCAACCUAAAACAUCCUAAAGUUGAAGGUAAUGUGAAUGUAUCAGGACCAAAUAUUGAGGGAGACAUUGCAGCACCAGAAAUUGACAUCAAAGGCCCAAAAAUUGACAUUAAGGGCCCCAAGAUUGGAUUAGAAAAGCCCAAAAUCAAAAUACCAGGAUUUGGCAUCAAAGGUCCCAACCUGGAGGGCUCUGACAUUGACAUAAAACCUCCCAAGGCCAAUAUUGAUGCCAAAGUCCCAGAGGUUGAACUCCAAGGACCAGAAGUUGAAGUAAAUCUUCCCAAAGCUGAUUUGAACAUUAAGGGCCCAAAAUUGCCAAGUGCAGAACCAACAAUCUCUGGAUCACACAUUUCCAUACCUGAUUUCAAUUUGAAAGGUCCAAAAGUCAAAGGCGAAGUAGAUUUGUCAGUACCUAAUUUUCAAGGAGAGAUAAAAGCACCAGCAAUGGAUAUCAAUUAUUCAAAUGUUGACAUUAAAGGUACUAUGGGUGGAUUUGAAAUUCCUCGAUUAAAAAUGCCGCAGUUUGGCUUCAAAGGUCCAAAACUGGAGGGCCCUGACAUUAAUGUCAAUAUUCCCAAAACUAAUAUUGAUGUCAAAGUCCCAGGGGUUGGCGUUCAAGCUCCAGAACUUGAUGUUAGUCUCCCAAAAGGUGACAUUAAAGGCCCAACAUUUAGUGUUGAAGGACCAGACGUUGACAUUGAUAGUCCCAGUGGUAAGAUUAAGGGACCAAAAUUAAAGAUAGCAAAAAUCUCAGGCCCAAACAUCUCCAUGCCAAAAGUUGAUUUAAAUUUACGAAGUUCUGACUCAAAAGGUGACAUACAUAUGCCCGGAACCAAUUUUGAAGGAGAAAUCAAAGCACCAGGAUUGGUUAUCAGUGAUCCAAAAAUUAAGGGUCCAACAGGGGCAUUUGAAAGUUCAAACAUGAAAGGUGAUUUGUCAUAUCCUGAUAUAGAUGUCAGCAUAAAGGGGAAGAAGGGUAAAUUCAAACUUCCGAAAGUAACAGGAAAGGCAAAGAAAUCAGACUUUGACUCAGAGCCACCAACUGUUGAUGUAACAGCAGGAACAUCGAAUAUUAAUGUCCAAAGAUCAAAAGUUAAAAAGCCAAUUUUUGGUAAACUUCAAUUUCCUGAUGUUGAACUUGAUAUCAAAUCUCCAAAAAUUAAAGGUGAUGGAUUUUUAUCUGAGGAGUUGAAGUCCCCCACUGCAGAGUUGCAGGGUUCUGUUACCAGCAGUCCAAAUGUUAGUUACGAAGGCUUAGAUGUGAAGCUAAAGACUCCACAGUUCAAAAUGCCAGACAUUGACAUUUCUCCGGCAGGCGGCAUUUUUAGAGGCCUUCAGUAUCCUGAAGGUACAGUGACAUUUCCCAAACUCAAGGUUCCAAAAUUUGGUUUCAUGCUGCCCGAGAUUGGGAGCCAGGAGGGUGAUGGAAAGGUUGCAACGAAAGUUGCAGCUCGUGGAGAGCUUCAGUGCUCAGCGGACAUUGCCGUUUCCAAUCCAGAAAUAAGGCAGGGUGAGGGAAAGACAAAGGUGAAGAUAGCAAAUUUUUGGGGCAAAUCAAAAGCAAAGGGCAGGAGUGCAGGGGACCUUCGGGGAACAGAGGUUGAACUGAGUACCAGUGGAAAAGGAGAGGUCUCUAAAGACUUCAGUGUACAUAGUGGAGAAGGAAAAUUACAAUUUGAGGGUGAUGCUGGACUCACCGUUUCACCCAAAAGCAAGUCAGCUUCAUUGGAUCUUUUCAAGAAGUCAAGACAUCGAUCUUCCUCUUUGAGCGACGAGGGUGGGCUUGCAGUUGUUUCCCCUUCAGGACACUUUGAAGCAGAGGGCAGUGAUAUUUCAUUAGAUCUAAGUGGACCAAAGGUCAAAGGAAAGAAAGGCAAGUUGAAGUUUGGCACCUUUGGAGGUUUUGUUUCCAAGUCAAAGGGCUCGUAUGAAGUGACAUAUGGUGAAGGCAGUGAAGCAGCAGUGGAGGGUAGUGCAGGUGUGUCAUUGGCCACCCCAAAAUCAUGAUUGUCCUCAUCGUCCAGCAGUGAUAGUGGGUCAAGGGGUGCUUUGAAGUUCCCGAAAAUUGAACGGUCUGUAUCACCAAAAAAUGAGUAA